GAACCUCCGGGGACACGGGCGGCUCGGCCAUCCACAGCGCUAAAGGUCUGUCAGGUCUGGACGUGGUGGUGGUUUAUCCUCAGGGACGCAUCACCCCCGUCCAAGAGAAACACAUGAUCACCUGCCUGGAGGACAACGUCCACGUGUUUGCAGCCAGCGGCAGCUCUGAUGACAUCGACCAGCCUUUGCGGCGUCUGUUUGCCGAUCAGGAGCUUGUCAAGUCUCACGGGGUCAUGAGCCUCAACUCGGUGAACUGGUCGAGAGUCAUGAUCCAGCUCGCCCACUUCAUCUACGCCUACCUGGAGCUGAGCGGAGCGGAGCAGAGCGAGGCCGGCGCUGCUCUGCCCGAGCUGGAGGUGGUGGUGCCCACAGGUGGAGCCGGAAACAUCGCCGCCGGAUUCAUCGUCAAGCGAAUGGGAGUACCCCUGAAGCUGGUUGCCAUGGUGAAUUCUAAUGACGUUGUUCACAGGGCCGUAACAGCGGGCGACUUUUCCAUGGCAGCUAAUGUCACACAAACACUGGCCCCCGCCAUAGACAUCCAGGAUCCGUACAACAUGGAGCGGGUGUUUUGGCUUCUGUUGGACAGAGACGGAGCCUCAGUGAAGAACAUGAUGGAAGAAUUUCAGAAUACUCAUAAAUACUCUCUUCCUGAAAACCAUCGCAAGCUGCUGUCGCAGGUUUUAUCGACUGGAACAGUGACUGAUGACGGGAUCCUGGAGACCAUGAGGAGAUGUUGGGAUGAGAACCAGUACGUCCUGUGUCCUCACUCCGCUGUGGCUGUUUGGCAUCACUACCACUGUCCCCCUGUCCCUGGAAUCAACAGGUGUUACAUCGCGACAGCGUCUCCAGCCAAGUUCCAGGCCGCGGUGCAGCGGGCCGGCCUGACCUUUGACCUACCUGAGGCGGUGCAGGCGUUGGACGGGUUACCAACUCGGUUUCAGAUCCUGGAGCGGAGUCCGGACUGGUGCAGAGACUGGGAGGAGACACUGAGGGAGAAGAUCCAGUCUGUGAGCUGCUCCAGUAAAAACAGAAGGAUGUGAAGAAUGUGAUGAUAGCGUAGAUUUACUGCAGGAACACGAGUCUGUGGCUGAGCUCAGGUGCUUCUCAUCUAUGUUCCUUCUUAUCUGGAUCCAGUAAAAGAUGAUCAAGGCCUGUUGUUGUCUCUUUGUUGGACUUUGGUUUGAUGAGUUCUCACAACCUCAAACACAUUAGUUCAGUUACAUCAUAAACCACAAACCGCUCAGCAUCGUCCUCCCACGACUUUAUUACCAGUGUAAAUGUUGCUCAAGCUU